AUGCUGAAAGAGGCUUUGUCGGACUUCCGCUUCGUGGCGGCACUCUCGGCUGUGAUUCAUGUGUGCCUUAUUGCAUACGGUCAUUGGCAAGAUACGCAUCUCCGAGUCAAGUAUACGGACAUAGACUACAUGGUAUACACUGAUGCGGCUAGAGCUGUGUAUAGCGGAGGCAGCCCUUUCGAACGGCACACAUAUCGCUAUACGCCGCUACUAGCUUGGCUGUUGGUACCUAACAUAAGUGUACACAUCACCUUCGGCAAGGUGCUCUUCUCGUUGUGCGACAUGGCGAUUGGUUUCAUGUUGUACCGGAUGCUGAAGGACGCUGGUAAGAGCCCCUCGACGGCCAGCAAGUUGUCGGCGACGUGGCUUCUAUCACCUAUCACAUUGAAUGUCUCAACGAGGGGCAACGCGGACUCCCUCAUUUGCUUGAUGGUCGUCGCCACACUUUACCACAUCCAACGAGGGGAGUGGAUUCGGAGCGCCCUGUGGUUCGGCCUUAGUGUGCACAUGAAGAUCUUCCCUGUUAUCUAUGCUAUCCCAUUGGUCAUGUACCUCAAUCCGGACUUCCUAGCAUUCAGUCGAGUGGACUUGUUGAAGGCGAUCAAGCUUAACAGCAAACAA